AUGGAGAAGCUUGUCAACUAAUAAGCGAUUUCACCUUGGCGAUCAAUAAAGCAUAUUCCCUUCUAUUCUAUAACAGAAUGGUGAUGGAGGGGGAAGAGGAGGCAGUCUGUUGGUGCAUUUUCAGGGUCGGACAUGGUCCCCCUUAACCCCCCAUUUGGGGCGCCACUGGGCGUCAUUCGCUCAAGGACCGCCACUGCCUAUGUACUGUAUAAAUAGAGCGUAAGCUGCUCUGCUGAGCCAACACGCUGAGAGCGCACAUUGACAGGACGAUUAAUAUUUUAGGCUUGCUACUAAAUGAAUAAUAGAAGCGUUUGCAUGUUUUUUCAUGUAUAUAUUUUCUACGACAGAACGAGGUUAGUUUCUCUAGGAGCAAAAUGAAAGACCAGUAAAAUAAAAAAUAAAAGAAAACAGAGUUGGAGCGUUCCUUUUCCUUCCAUCUUCUCGAUCUCCCCCGCGAUGAACCAUCCAGCUCUGCCCAGGAUCCCUUGAUGGUGCGUUAACUUUGACCUUUUCUUCCACCGGGCGGUGGAAGCAGAACGCCGGCUAAAUUCUCCCGGAUUUGCCUGGACCUGGACGCGCGUUGCGUAACCCGCGAAGAAAUGUUCUUUAACUGGGGUAGACGCGAUGCAGCGACCCGUUUUUGCGGGAUUGCAUGCGCGUUGUAACCUCAGAAGGAACAAGGAUGACGGUGGUUCACGUGCUGGGCAGAGGAGGGCAGAGCAUGCUGGUGGCGCUCGGAUGGCUUCUCUUAAUCGGGACGCGCAGCGGAGCAGCUUCCAGAUGUGUAAACCAAGCCUGCAGUCCACCCAUCGGGAAUCUGGCUAGCGGCCGGGCGCUUCCAACCUGGACAAACUGCUGUGCCAACCAUUUCCAAAGUUUGUGUCCCCAUCCUCCAGAGAACCCCCGCUCAUGCCAAGAAGACACUCAUCCUCCUUCUCUGAUGACCGACGACCCGUUUUUGCAUCCGGACACCUGGUGGGCAUCGAGAGGAGGCGAGAUGGAACAGGACGAGAUCCGGUUGGAUCUGGAGACAAAGUUCUGUCUGUCUCAUGUAGUUUUGGUCUUCAGAUCUCCCAGACCUGCUGCCAUGGUCAUUGAGCGCUCCGCUGAUUUUGGAAAGACCUGGGAGGCUCUCAAGGUGUUUUCUCACAACUGCAGGGUGGAAUUUAACUUGGACGAUGACCUCAGAGGGCCGGGCUCGCUGUGCACGUCCCGGUAUUCUAGUCCUCUCCCUUGUAGCGGUGGGGAGGUAAUCAUACGUACUCUGGAUCCAAGAAGUGGAAAAACCUUUGACCCCUACAGUCCAGAGGCCCUUGUCCGCCUUACCAUCACAAAUCUCCGCAUCAGACUAUUGAAAGCUCAGACUUGUCCUGCAUCUGUGAACUCCUCUGCAACAUGGACAAACCCCACAGCCACUUCAGAAAGCCCACCCUCAGCACCAUUUGCCAUUUCCACAUUGCUGGCCAGAGGGACAUGCCUGUGCCAUGGGCAUGCCGAAUAUUGCUUACCACAUAAAAUCAGUGAAGACAAAAGACAAGACAGUGACAUGGUAUUUGGAAAGUGUCUCUGCGUCCAUCACACUGAUGGGGAUCACUGUGAGAGGUGUGCCCCGCUGUAUAACAAUCGGCCCUGGAGGCCCGCCAAUGGCAGCAGUGGUGAGCCGAACCCAUGUCAGAAGUGUGAGUGCCAUGGCCAUGCAGAGAGCUGUCACUUCUCUCUCCGGGCGUGGAUCUCCACGGAUGGAGUCAGCGGAGGUGUCUGUAACAACUGUCAGCAUAACACUGAGGGCCGCAGGUGUCAGCGCUGCCGUCACGGUUACUAUCGCCACCGGCCCAUGCCCCUUAAGUCUCCCUACGCCUGCACACGCUGCUGGUGUGAUCCCCGGGGUUCCUUGCCUACCCCACCUGGACAAGUGGCACCCUGGUGCGACCCUAGGAAUGGCCAGUGCCAGUGUAAGCCUGGCGUAGGGGGCAUGAGCUGCAGCCACUGCCGCCCCGGCUACUGGGGCUUCGGAGGGGAUGGCUGCACGCCCUGUGUCUGUCCAAACAGCUGCGAUCCAACUACAGGACUCUGUUUGAACCGCUACCCAAAUAAUCACAUACUAAACGUGCCUAUUGGUGGAAAAAUCCCAGAUGUGGACGACAUGUUCAUAGCUGAGGAAGAAUGGUCGAAGGAGCUUGCAGUGUCUGCUCUACACCAUACAGGGAAAUGCAGGUGUAAGGAGAAAAGUCUGAGAAGCGUCUCUGACCUCUGCAAGACCAAACAUGACUACGUGAUGAAGGCGAGCGUGCUGUCGGCGCACGACAAGGGCAGCCACGCAGAGGUACGGGUCAAAGUCCGUAAGGUGAUUCGAUCGGGUCGGGUGGCGCUGCACUUGGGGACCGCCAGCGUGUUCCCUCUGCCCUGGACCCAUCGGGGCUGCACCUGCCCCGUCCUCAACCCAGGUGUGAAAUACUUGCUUGCUGGCCCAGAGGAGCCGGGAACGGGUCGUUUGUUGGUCACCAUGCAGAGCGUAGCGGUUCCGUGGACGCCUCGACUAGCUUUGCUUUUAUCAGAGGCGCUGAGGAAAGGAUGUCUACAAUACAAACAGGCAGAGCAAAAUUUAGAGGACAUAACUUGACGUGAAAGUGGACUACUCAGCAAAAGAAACUUUAAAAGUCUGAAAGUGACUGAAAAAACCCCCCAAGACUCAAACUCAAAGACAGAUGAGUUCACAAAUGGCCUUGGAAGAGUUUUCCUUUGAAAGAUUCAUAUUGUGUCAUGUUACAACCACAAACCUUAAUGGAUUUUAUUGGAUGUGUAUAUAUUUGACCAAACUAAUGUAUUAUUGUUUAAUUGAAGGAAAAUGGUGUUCAUCUUUCUUUCGCAGAACGUCAGAAGAGCAUCAUGCAUUCAGCACCGCAGCCUCAACACUUUGCAGUCCUUCCUUACAGUUACUUUGCUUUUCGGCGUUUCUUUACCAGCUUCGCACAUCUAGGCUGGAAAGGGAAAGAAUCAUCUAGACAGAAUUUAUGUAAACUUGAAAAGUUUAUUUUUCUUUGUUCAUGAAUUUGUUUAUGGGCUCCUGGUGUAAAUGUUAGGUCUUCAGAUCUCAUUCAAUCCACACCUUUCAUUUAUUUGUCAGCUUUCUCUUGUCGACCAAUAAAAACAUAUUUAUUCCAUAAAACGUAAGGAUAUUGUUCCUCGUCUUCAACAGAACAGAAGUCAGAGAAAAAAAGAUAACUAGAUGACCAGUUGAAGACAGAAUCUUUUUUGCUACAAACAGAGACACCCUGAAAACUUGAUGGUGACUUCAACAACCACUUUAUGACUAUUUUUGUUUGUUUUGACAGCAAGAAUAUCAAUGACAACAUUAAUUUGUUGUGCGGAGAUUUCUACUGGACAAAGAGCACAGUGACAAACAGAACACGUUUCUUUCAUUUUUCCCUCUGUUUUGGUCUCAAGUGAUAAAAAGGGAAUUGAUAUUACACAUCAAUAAUAUCUUGAGAAAAAAAAUCAAGCUAUUAUAGCUUAAACUAAUGUCAGUUUGGAUUUUAACCAAUUUUCUUUAGCUUACAUUAACAGACUGACACUGAAAAAGGCUCUUCUGUCAUUCACAAGAAGCAGCGAUAUAAACUGCUGUUGCAUAUCAUGUAAUACAAGUCCAACAGCUCAAGUCCCUGCUAACAACAUGAGGGUAACCUUUCAUCAUUUAGAGGUUAGAAGACAAAUCACUUUUAUAGAAAAUAUAUACAGUCCUCUGCUGUUGUUCCACGAAAAACCUUUAAAGACAUUUUGC